UCACAGAAAGACCCAUACACCAAACACCUUCAAGAUGAGUUUGCAGCCACCCUCCCUCUCCGUGAGGUCCAAGCCCGGUGCUGGCACAAAAGCCGUAGUCCUUGUUGGAGGACCCUCGCGAGGCACCAGGUUCAGGCCUCUGUCUAUGGAACUGCCCAAGCCGCUGUUCCCUGUCGCAGGUCACCCCAUAAUCGAGCACUGCUUCCGCGCUAUCACGAACGUCCCCGAGAUCAAGGAGGUUUUCAUCGUCGGUUACUACGAGGAGUCUGUCUUCCAGCCCUUCAUCAACGAGGUCUCGAGCAGCUUCCCCCACCUGAGCGUCAAGUACCUGCGAGAAUACCAGGCAUUGGGCACAGCAGGAGGCCUGUAUCACUUCCGCGAUGUCAUAUUGAAGGGCCGGCCAGACAAGCUGUUCGUUCUGAACGCCGAUGUCUGCUCGUCGUUCCCGCUGGCCGAGAUGCUCAAGCUGUUCCAGGACAAGGAUGCCGAGGCCGUCAUGCUGGGCACAAGAGUCGCCAACGAAGCCGCGACCAACUUCGGUUGCAUCGUGUCGGACUCGCACACGAAGCGCGUGCUUCACUACGUCGAGAAGCCAGAGUCGCAGAUCUCCAACCUCAUCAACUGCGGAAUCUACCUCUUUGCGACCGAGUGCAUCUUCCCCGCCAUCCGCAGCGCCAUCAAGCGCCGCACCGAGCGCCCACGGCUGCUCUCCUACCCCUCGUCCGAGAACCUCGAGUCGUCUUUCUACGCGGGCCAGGACGACGACGAGGAGAAGGAAAACGCCGUCAUCCGCCUGGAGCAGGAUGUGCUGUCCGACAUAGCCGACAGCAGGCAAUUCUUCGUCCUGGAGAGCAAGGACUUCUGGCGCCAGAUCAAGACAGCCGGCUCCGCCGUACCCGCCAACGCCCUCUACCUGAUGCGGGCCUUCCAGUCAGGCUCCGACGAACUCGCCGCCCCCUCCGCAAACAUCCUCCCACCCGUCUACAUCCACCCCUCCGCCCACGUCGACCCCACAGCGAAGCUCGGACCCAACGUGUCGAUCGGUCCGCGCGUGCACAUCGGAGCCGGUGUCCGCGUCAAGGAGUCCAUCGUUCUUGAGGACUCGGAGAUCAAGCACGACGCCUGCGUCAUGUAUACGAUUGUCGGCUGGCACAGCAAGAUCGGCGCUUGGGCUCGUGUCGAAGGUACGCCUACACCCGUCACCAGUCAUGCUACUAGUAUCAUCAAGAAUGGCGUCAAGGUCCAGAGCAUCACGAUUCUGGGCAAGGAUUGCGCGGUUGCGGAUGAGGUGCGCGUGCAGAACUGUGUUUGUCUGCCGAAUAAGGAACUCAAGAGGGAUGUUUCGAACGAGGUUAUCAUGUGAGCGGUUGCAUUGGGGUGCGGGUUUGAGGAUGGUGUCUUGGUUGGUAGCUAGGGAUUGCUAGCCUUGAAGACGUCUUGCUCUGUGUUAAAAUGUGAUACCGUGGUUCAUGGUCUGACUACAUGACGAAGCGAACGGCAUUGAUCGGAGUGUUCAACCCAAAUUAUGCGUGCAUUGUG